GAGAGAAAGAAGAAGAACAAAACAUGAAGUUUGAGCUUAUCCUCACCCCUUCUCACUCAUUCACUCAUCUCAAAUCAAUGGUAGAGAUGGCAGAGCUACUAGUGAGCCGUGACACCAACCUUUCUAUCACCAUCAUCAUCAUUCCUUUCAUUGCCGGAAGAGACUACAUUGCAGGGCUCUCCUCUGCAUCCAACAGCCGGCUACGCUACAUUGUUAUCUCCGACGAAGAUGAACCAAUCUCCGAGCUGACGAGUUUUGAAACCCAUGUCGAGAACCAAGUGCCAAAGGUUAAAGACGCGGUUGGGAAACUCGUCGAAGCCUACUCCACAUUACCGGACUCGCCGAGGGUUGUUGGGCUUGUCCUAGACAUAUUCUCAACCUCGAUGUUAGAUGUGGCGAAACAGUUUGGUCUUCCGCCUUAUAUUUAUUGUACGCCAUGUGCAGGAAUACUCGGAGUUGUAAGUCAUAUCCAGAUGUUGUACGAUGAGAACAAGUACGAUGUUUGUGAAAGUGAUUAUGAAAACUCGGACGCUGUGUUGAACGUUCCAAGUUUGAGUCGUCCGUAUCCAGUGAAAUGUAUUCCUGACUUUUUUGCAUCUAAAGCGACGCUCCCUAUGGUUGUAAAUCUACCGAGGAAAGUAAAAGAAAUGAAGGGUAUUUUGAUAAAUACUGUUGCUGAGCUUGAACCUUAUGUGUUGAAGUAUCUUUCUAGUGGUGACACUCCUGUUUAUCCUAUUGGACCAUUGUCUCAUCUCAACCAAGUUGGUGAUUCCAAGGACGAGAAGCAAUCUGAUAUUUUACGGUGGUUAGACGAUCAACCACCUAGUUCGGUUUUGUUCCUUUGCUUCGGGAGCAAGGGAGGGUUCAGUGAGGAACAAGCAAGAGAAAUCGCUGUAGCGCUGGAACGAAGCGGCUGCCGGUUUCUCUGGUCUCUUCGUCGUGCAUCUCCGAAUAUAUUUAGGGAACAUCCUAGUGAUUUCACCAACCUAGAAGAAGUUCUUCCGGAAGGAUUCUUCGAACGGACGAAAGAUAUAGGAAGAGUUAUCGGAUGGGCUCCGCAAGUGGCCGUGCUUGCGAAGCCAGCUAUUGGAGGAUUCAUCAAUCAGUCCGGGUGGUACUCAUUUCUAGAGAGCCUUUGGUUCGGUAUCCCCACGGCUGUAUGGCCGUUAUACGCCGAGCAGAAGUUUAACACGUUUAUGAUGGUGGAGGAGAUUGGAUUGGCCGUGGAGAUAAAGAAGUAUUGGCGAGAGAAUCAUUUAAUGGGAACGUCGAAGGUCACGGUGACAGCAGAGGAGAUAGAGACAUCAAUCAAGCGUCUGAUGGACAAGGAUGGUGACGUGAGGAAGAAAGUGAAGGAGAUGAGCAAGAAAUGUCACUUAGCCCUAAUGGAAGGUGGGUCGUCUUGGAUUGCGAUGGGAAAGUUUAUUGAAGACGUUACGAAGAGUUAUCGUUUCAAGGAAUGAAGAAUAUGAGUUGGGUAUCCAAAUAAGUUAUAUCAUGGCGAUGGUGGAGAUGGUCGAGCAACUAGUUGAUCAAAACGACCACCUAUAUAUUUUGUUUGUCGACCAAAAGACAAAGUAUGAUUAUGGCACUAUCGGGAAGAUACUCUCCGUUAGGAGAAGCCAGUUGGGGGCCGAAAUGCUCAUAUGGGAGAAAAUGCAGUCGCGGGUCGACCAAAACGACCACCUAUCUAUCAUAGUGAUCAUCAUAUUUUUAAUUCUAAAACUGUGGCAUCUCAACGCCCUUAAUACAUAUGAAUGAAGAAGAUGCAUAAGUGCAAUCACUACAGCAAAGCUAAGUCAAACACAAAUCCAACCAGCUAAAACUCAAGCUACACGUAAGAGACGCAAAAAAUCAAAUGUUUGGGAUGGUUUUGUUUUAGUAGGGUUAGAAAUUGAUGGAAAAGUAAGAGCUAAAUGUAUCAAUUAAUGUGGUACAAUAAUUAAUGGUGAUAGAUAGUAAUU